UUACCUGAUCAAUUGUUAUAAAUGCUUAUUAGCUCCAUAUACAAGUAUUUUUCAGUGAGAAAGUUUCGGCGAAACAGAAUGUUCCACCACCUCGCUUUUUAACAAUGCAGUUAAAAGUGUUCCGAUUUCAUUGAUUUAUCUCAAAAUACUUCAGUAUUUUCAAUGGUGUUUCCACGAUCCUGGCUGCUGACUUUCAACAUCGAGAAAACCUGAUUUCAUCCUGAGACUUUUACUGCAACAGGCGGCCUGUCAAGCGUGAUUAGGUUAAUUCGGUUGGAUACCCCUGCCUGUAAUUUCACUUCAAUAUAAUGACAGCUUGACAACUUUAUAGCUCUUCGUCCAUUUUUAAACAAUUUUUUUUACAUCUUUAAUUGCUUUGUCCUUUCAACCUGUCAAGUGCAUUUUGAAGGGAAUAAACGAGAGAGCGCACGCGUUUUCUCGAUAGCUUCGCAUUAGUUUAUGUUAUCAUUACUUAAAAGAGAGCUUCUUUUAACGAACGGUGAAUUUAUGUUUUUUCAAUAACGACGAAAAAAACCCCAAAAAGCGUCCGCCCCCACUCCAAAAAAAAAAAAAACACUUCUUUCAAUCGCCAAGUGCUCUCGGCAGCAAAACAGGAAGUAGUUAGCAUUGUGGGAUCUGUAGUUCCGCUCUGGAGCUGCUGGGCUCGAUAACAGCGCGCGGAGGAGCAAAACAAAACUAAAAUCCGAGAAAAAACUUUGGGAGGAUUACACAAAUAUUGGCUAGGCUUCCAAAUAAGCAUGCCUGGAUUCACCUGCUGCGUCCCCGGCUGCUACAACAACUCGCACCGGGAUCGGGAGCUGAGAUUCUACACCUUCCCCAAGGAUCCCGUGCAGAGAGAGAUUUGGCUGAAGAACAUCUCCCGGGCCGGGGUGAGCGGCUGCUUCAGCACCUUCCAGCCCACCACCGGCCACCGGGUGUGCAGCAUCCACUUCCCCGGCGGCAGGAAGACCUACAGCAUUCGGGUGCCGACCCUGUUCCCGCUGCGGGGCGUCAACGAGAGGAAGACCCGGAGAGGCAGGAACAAGAAGGUGUCCGCCGCCGCGUACCCCGCUGUCGUCGCCGCGGUCGCUGCCAACGUCGAUGCGACCUCCGCGUCCUGCGCCCUGGGCGCCUUCGCCUCCGAGGAAGUCAGCAGCUGCAGCGCCGAGAGCGCCGGCGAGGCGGGGCGGCGGGAGCCGCUCUCGCUGGAGGUGAAGCCCAUUGACCUGACCGUGCAAGCCGACGGGUCGUGCGUCGCCGUGGUCGCGGCCAGCUCCUUAGCCCAGACGGGCUGCGACCACCCGCUGCCUGCCGCCGCUCCAGCCGCCCACCAGCUGUCCAAGGGAGAGCUCGCCACCCUCGGGGCGACCGACCACUCGUACUCGCUGUCGUCCGGCACCACGUCCGCGGAGCUGCUGAAGAAACUGAACGAGCAGAGGGACAUCAUAGCGCUGAUGGAGGUCAAAAUGAAGGAGAUGAAGUCCACGAUCCGACAGCUGAAAAUCACCGAGGCGAAACUCCGGGAAGAAGUGAGAGACAGGGACAGGAUGCUCUCCAUGGCGGUGAUACGAAAGAAACACGGCAUGUAAAACGCCUGCAUCGAGACUGAAGGAGAGAAAGAAACCAAAACGACGAACACGCGUUGAAAUAACAAACGGAACACAAACUUUUAUGGGAAAACAAAAAAACAUACCUUCUUUUAUAAGGGAUCCCCCAAAAAUGAAAAAAAAAAAAAGUUGAGUGAACCU